UUCACAGAUUCACAUUCUGCGCUCCCACACUUAUAUAAAAACGACAACAACACAUAUACAUGUGUAUCUCUGACAUCAAAGAACAGAACAGAACAAACCUCAAGAAUCAGUAGUAAACAAAAAAAAAAAGGAGUUUGCUUUAAGCCUUUUUUUUUGGUAGUACUAAUGGAUUCUGUAAACUCUUUCAAAGGAUAUGGAAAAGUAGACGAAGCUCAAGAUUCAGCAUUGAAGAAAAAGACAAGAAAACGUAUACUUUUACUAUCAAUAUCCGUCGUGGUUCUCAUCGCCGUGAUAAUCGCCGCCGUAGUCGCCACCGUCGUCCACAAAAAGGAUAACGAUUCAACACCGAGUUCACCUCACGGGUUAACACCAUCCACUUCACUCAAAACCAUCUGCAGCGUAACUCGUUUCCCUGAAUCUUGCAUUUCAAGUAUCUCGAAGCUUCCAUCUUCAAACACGACAGAUCCAGAGACUCUGUUCAAGCUCUCUCUGAAAGUAAUCAUCGACGAGCUCGAUUCGAUUUCCGAUUUACCGGAGAAGCUGUCAAAGGAGACAGAAGACGAAAGGAUCAAAUCUGCGUUAAGGGUUUGUGGAGAUCUGAUCGAAGAUGCUUUGGAUCGACUCAACGACACUGUCUCCGCCAUUGAUGACGAAGAGAAGAAGAAAACUCUGUCAUCUUCCAAAAUCGAAGAUCUCAAGACUUGGCUUAGCGCGACGGUAACAGAUCACGACACGUGUUUCGAUUCGUUAGACGAGUUGAGACAGAACAAAACAGAGUACGCGAACUCGACGAUCACACAUAAUCUGAAAUCCGCAAUGGCUAAAUCGACAGAGUUCACAAGUAACAGUCUUGCGAUAGUUUCCAAGAUUCUUGCUGCGUUGAGCGAUUUGGGGAUCCCGAUUCACAGGAGAAGGAGACUGAUGAGUCAUCAUCAUCAGAAGCAAAGUGUGGAUUUUGAGGAGUGGGCGAGACGGAGGUUGUUACAGACGGAAGGUGUGAAGCCUGAUGUGACGGUGGCGGGUGAUGGAACAGGGGAUGUGAAGACGGUGAAUGAAGCGGUGUUGAUGGUGCCCAAGAAGAGUUUGAAGAUGUUUGUGAUCUAUGUGAAGAGUGGAACGUAUAUUGAGAAUGUUGUGAUGGAUAAGAGCAAAUGGAAUGUUAUGAUUUACGGCGACGGCAAAGGGAAGACCAUUAUUUCCGGCAGUAAGAACUUUGUCGACGGGACUCCUACUUAUGAAACGGCGACGUUUGCUAUACAAGGAAAAGGAUUUGUGAUGAAGGACAUCGGAAUCAUAAACACCUCCGGAGCAACAAAACACCAAGCUGUGGCAUUCCGAUCAGGCUCCGAUUUCUCAGUCUAUUACCAAUGCUCCUUCGAUGGUUUUCAAGACACGCUUUACCCUCACUCCAACCGACAAUUUUACCGUGACUGCGACGUCACUGGGACAAUCGACUUCAUAUUCGGAAGUGCUGCGGUCGUUUUCCAAGGCUGCAAAAUCAUGCCUCGUCAGCCUCUUCCUAACCAGUUCAACACCAUAACCGCUCAGGGUAAAAAAGAUCCGAACCAAAACUCUGGGAUGUCGAUCCAGCGUUGCACUAUCUCGGCAAACGGCAAUGUGGUUGCUCCGACAUAUCUUGGCCGACCGUGGAAGGAGUUUUCCACGACCGUUAUUAUGGAGACGGAGAUUGGACCGGUGGUUCGACCUGUCGGGUGGAUGUCCUGGGUUUCUGGAGUUGAUCCGCCUGCGAGUAUUGUGUACGGAGAGUAUAAGAAUACAGGUCCUGGGUCAGAUGUUUCCCAACGAGUCAAAUGGGCUGGUUAUAAAUCGGUUAUGUCGGAGGUGGAUGCUGCAAAGUUUACUGUGGCUACGCUUUUACAUGGCAGUGAUUGGAUACCGGCGACAGGAGUGACACACCAGCUAUCUUAAUUCAGUAGUGACAUUAUACUUUGCGUUUAUAGGAUUUUCUUUUGAAAAAAACAUCCGAAACCUUUCUACUUUAUAGUAUUUAUUUGACACUGCUGUGAUCUGUAUUUUACCCAACUUAGUUGUUUUUUGUGUAUCCCUAAUAAGAUAUCUUCCUCAGCU